GGCAAGCAAAGUCUUCGAGAACCCGUUCCUGGUGAACUGGAACCGCAUUGAGCAGAUACGCAUGCGUCUUCCGCCAUCUCUCAAGUGAUAAGUUUCUAAGCCAGUGGCAGCGACCCCGAUUCUGCCCUGGUUGCAACAUGCAAUGCGCACGGCUCUCGUUGCGACAUGCCAAGCAAAGCCGAUUCCAUGUUGUCUCCUCUGGUCCUUGUCCUAGAUUCGUCCGUGGGUUUCGGACGUCGAUAUCUUUGACAACGUCCAGCGGAGAUUCUCCGGGUCCUCCAACCCCUGCCAAAAGCGAGGAUUCGUCGAAAAAUGAUAUUGAGUCCAAUCAGGAGGCAGAGAGCCACCGAGACGCGACGGCCCAGAAGAUUACAAAGGCAGAGCAAUGUACGGAGGAUGCAAAAUCCACUUUAAGAAGAGAUCGAAGUCCUUAUGGAUCUGCAGUUCGCAGAUCUAUGAGAAAUAGGAGGCUUGCGGAACGGUCUACACGGAGAGCUGUUAUCCCAACGUGGUUCCGCGAACGAAAUAUAGUUCUCUCGGAACAGACGGCGGAGGUUCUGCAACACCCCCCUCAUACUGUCGGAAUUGGCCGAUCUAAUCAUGAUGCGGAAGAUGCGGUGCAACGGGUUGCGACUGGCGGCGAUGGAAAUAACGGAGGCAGCAAUAGCAAUCCCGGAGAUUCCCCUCCCGAAUACCGUUACAUGAUAAGUGAGGAGGUUUGGAAUGAAAUACGCACCGUCAUACAAGCGGGAAUAGCCGUCCCUUCGCCCCGCUAUGCCGAUGAUCCAUCUGUGAGAAAAGUGCAUUUAGUUCUGCAGUAUCCUGGUGACAGCGGAAUUCUUUUUCUCGAUGCGGUCGUCAAGAAGGUCGCAAGCAGUUUCAAUACACAUGUGAUUACUCUGAACGCCCAAGAUAUUGCUGAACUUUAUGCGGAGCAAGAGCAAGAGGAGGAUUCCCGCUCGAGUCCGAUGGUUUCACUAGGUUACGAGGUAUACCAUCCCACCAAGAAAGUCUCUCAGCGAGAAGCCGACGAAGAGAUGGAGGAAGCAGAAGAUGAAAUUGAAGAUGAGAACGAGUCGACAGAUCGAAGGCGUAGCGCUACAAUACCCAUAUCGCGGAUAUCGGAUCCUACGAUGUUGGGGUCAUCCAUACUACAAGGCUUAUUCGGAGGGCGAGGAUCCGUCGGCGUUGCUAAGGUGGUCAUGUCACAAGGACGGGAUGGCGGCCUUAGCGAUACAGAUACCGAUCCCCAGUCACUUCGAGUCGUGAACAAACUCUUAUCAAUCCCCAAAGCUAAAUCGGCAACCCCUGCGGCUGAAGAAUCAUCUGAAAAAGGUGAAAGUGAGCAACAAAAUCUCGGAACCAAGUAUGAGGAUUUGGUAAUUCAAAUUCAGGACUACAAAGACCUUUUAAAUACAACAGCCGGUUCGGUUUUUUUAUCCUCCCUUCACAAAGCUGUCCAAGCUAGAAGGCGGAAAGGGCAGAAGGUUGUCGUGGUCGGAACCGUGUCUGCUUCAGAAACCGACAACUCUUCAGGAAAAUCGCUUUCAAAGUUGAUACCCAGGGACUAUGAUCGAUAUUCAACAACGAUCUUUGUUACACCAGCUAUGGAUUCCAAAAGCGCCGAGAAUAUAUUUGCGGAGGACGAAAAACGGAGGACAUUGGAGAUCAAUAUACGGCACUUGCAAAGCAUGCUCAAAACCAGGCUAAAUGGAUCCACUCCACCUGAAAGCAGCAUCUUUAGUAAUCGAGCCUGGGCCUUGGAGAGCUCCACAAUUCGCACAUGUGGUCUUGACGCUGAAUAUUGGCCAUUCGACCUCGUUCAUCGAAUCGCUACACUUGCCCUUGGUUCCGUUAAGGCAACCGAAGAGCUGGGACUCGGCCACAUUGAACAGGCCAUCCAGGUUUUCGAAAAGAGUGACCAGGUCAAAUGCGCAUGGAUGGGGGAUUACCGCGGAAAGCUCAAGCCUGUGAAGCAGACUCGAGAAAAGCCUCGUUUCAAUAAAUCCAAGCUGAAGUGCAAUUCGCAUGAAGAGAAGCUACUCAACGGGGUUGUGGACGCGGAGAGUAUACGCACUAGUUUUAAGGACGUCCAUGUGCCUCAGGAAACAAUUGAGGCACUGAAGACCUUGACAUCUUUAUCUCUUGUUCGCCCAGAUGCGUUCACGUACGGUGUCCUUGCCACGGAUAAGAUACCUGGCCUAUUGCUCUAUGGGCCACCAGGAACUGGAAAGACCCUCUUAGCCAAAGCUGUUGCCCGUGAAAGCGGUGCUACUGUCCUAGAAGUUAGCGGAUCCGAAGUUUAUGACAUGUACGUUGGCGAAGGAGAAAAGAAUGUCAAAGCCAUUUUCACACUCGCCAAGAAACUCAGCCCUUGCGUUGUUUUCAUUGACGAAGCGGAUGCUAUCUUCUGCUCGAGAACCGGUGCGAGCAACCGCACUUCGCACCGUGAGUUAAUCAACCAGUUCCUACGUGAAUGGGAUGGUAUGAGCGAGACUUCUGCCUUUAUCAUGGUUGCCACCAACAGACCCUUUGACCUAGAUGACGCGGUGCUACGGCGUCUUCCCCGUCGACUUCUCGUUGACUUGCCUACGGAAAAGGAUCGCCACGAGAUUCUCAAAAUCCACCUGAAGGACGAGGCUGUCGAUAAGUCUGUGGAUUUGGUCGAUCUAGCCCGCCGGACACCCUUCUAUUCCGGCUCAGACUUGAAGAACAUGUCUGUCGCCGCUGCACUAGCGUGCGUUCGAGAAGAAUAUGAUGCUGCAAUUCGUCAUAAAGGGGACGAGCCGUAUAAAUAUCCUGAACGCCGUAUCUUAAAAUCUCAUCACUUCGACCGCGCCAUGGAGGAAAUCAGUGCUUCCAUCAGUGAAGAUAUGUCGUCCCUCACGGCUAUCAGGAAGUUUGAUGAGAAAUACGGCGAUAGGAAAGGACGGCGGAAGAAGUCUGCUGGGUGGGGAUUCACUCCUCCAGGCGCACCCGAACCUACUCUAGAAACGGGUCGUGUCCGUCACUGAUUGGUUUUUUGGGCGUUAGCGAUUUUAUGCCUUGGGACAACACGAAAUCGGACAUCUGCAUCAGGGCGCAUGGGAUUAGCUGUUCGGGAAAUUUAUAGAAUGUACUUAUAUUCGAGACGAUAGAAAUGUAUUCCUUGGUUAUGAAACUCUUUUUUCCUUUAAGUCUUUUGGAGGUGCUAUAGUAGACCUCAAAUACCCUUUUCAUAAGUUGGUUACUCCUGGUGUCCGAGUCGAGCUACUAACCGAUAUCUUCUCUUGAAUGUGUACACUUUUUGAAACUGAAACCUCAGGAGUGCAACAAAGUUAACCACACCUCUUUGAUCAAUCUUCUGGAGUAUAAUAUACUCCAUCCUUCACCCGGCCGCCUGUAUUGUUCGGUGGUGGUGGCGCUGAUUUCGUGGAUCCAAGUGAGAAUCCAGGGAAGGAUUAUGUAGCCUUCCAAAACCAGCUUGCGAACCACAUGUGUUCACUGGUGGCUUCAGCGCAAGGAGCCAAUGUGAAAAUAUCUCUGCUCCAGCUAUGGAGUACUCAUAAGUUAUGCAGAAAUGCAUGACACAAAGCGCUUAGGCUUGUUAAAGCUUCUCCCGCGCAUUUGGCGGCCCGGCUUUGGGCCACGACCAGAGCCUCUCCUUUCCACCCCCACUUUGUCGCAUUGGGCGCCGGAUGAUAUUCAAAGACCAUACCAGGACUGGAUCCAUGUCGAAGCUCUGGACUCUCAGGCCUUAAGGUCGCAGUCUUCAAUUCGGGAGAGCGGCCUAAGCUAUAACUAGGGGAGCCAUGCGUUCUUCGCGGUAUAUAUAAGUGCUCGGGCCAUACAGCAUGGCUUCUUGACACAGGCCACUACUUCAGCCAGAGCUAUAUAAUCUCUCACCAUCGCAAGGUGUCCUAUCCGUAGUGACACCGGUAGUUAUGCGUACACCGCGUUUGCGGGGAAAGGAACGUGCACUUGGGAUAGCGAGUAAUAACGUGCGUCGUAACCUAGAGGUUAAGGACUAUAAGCAACAAGGUACUCUUGAGGAAGACUCCAAAUGAUACAACGAGAAGGGUUUCAAAGCCUAGUCCGUUUCCCCUCCAAAUUAUCUUCCAGGAUGCAAGUGGCCUGACGACGUCAUACAUAAUUCCCUACAGGAGUCGGUUCGAUGCGAAAUUUGCCAGCAAUGGCGAGACUAGCAGCGAGGUCUCCUUGUCGUAUGCGUUUCCCCUUGUUAGAUGCAUUUUAAAAGCGUGCGAUGAUGGAUCGCGAGUGGAUUGCGAG